AUGCCAGCCCCUGAUCUGCACCAACAAUUCAAAGAACUUGUGAAAACUACUCCUGUGGUUGAUGUCCACAACGAUCUGCCUUAUCAAUUGAGAUGGCAACUCCAUUACGAAAUCAAUGAGGACAAGUUUAAAUUUGAUGAACCACUUGUCUCUCAAACUGAUUUGAUUCGACUGAGAAAAGGUGGAGUUGGUUUACAAUUUUUCAGCUGCUGGAUGGACUAUCCUAGUGCUGACGAGUUGUACAAAGAUUUUGAGACUCCAAACAGUAUUGUGAGAGACACUUUGGAGCAGGUUGAUAUUGUCAAAAGGCUCGUGGACAAGUACUCAAAAUGUAUGAAGUUUGUUACUUCAGCAGAUGAAGCUCUCAAAAGCUACAUUGAGUCAGACAACAAGCUGAUCUCUGUUACAAUGGGAGUUGAGGGGCUUCAUCAAGUUGAUACCUCUUUGGCCGUUGUGAGACAAUAUUUUGAUCUUGGUGUAAGAUACAUCACUCUUACUCACAACUGUGACAACCCUUUUGCAACCGCAUGUACUACAAUCAUUGCCGGUAAAGAAGACAAGGGAUUGACUCUUUAUGGUCAUGAGUGCGUGAAAGAGUUCAAUAGAAUUGGAAUGAUGGUGGAUUUGAGUCACGUGUCUCACAAGACAAUGGUUGAUGUGCUCAAGAUCACCAAGGCACCCGUGAUUUUUUCUCACAGCUCUGCUUACACUAUGACUCCUCACGAAAGAAACGUUAGAGAUGAUGUUCUGCUUAUGGUCAAAGAAAAUGGCGGCGUUAUCUGUAUAAACUUUGUGCCUAAUUUUAUCAAGAAAGAAGGCGCUACUGGUGCAACGAUUGACGAUUGUGUUGAUCACAUCGUCCAUAUUGUGAACCUCAUUGGAUGGGAUCACAUUGCAAUUGGUUCUGACUUUGACGGCAUGGGAGCAACUGGACCAGAAGGACUGGAGGACGUUUCCAAGUAUCCAGACUUGGUUGUCAAGGUUUGGGAAAAGACUAAAGCGUCGGCCGACGACAUCAAGAAGUUUAUGGGAAUCAACAUGCUUCGUGUCUGGAAGGAGUGUGAGCUUGUUGCUGAGGCACUCAAGAACGAGCUUCCUGUUGAAGCUACAUGGUCUGGAAGAAAAUGGAGAUUCCCAAGAUAUAUCACAUUAUGUCCGGAGCUGUUUCCUGGAGCUGCAACCUCAACAUCCACACCAGACAUGUUUUAUGAUGCAAAGAGAUUUAAUUUCAAGGAUGACGAAGUAGAGUAUGACCCAAAGCGUCCAGGAUUUGAAGCUAAAUAA